UAUAUCAUCCAAAACGUCAAAAAAUCGGCUUGAUAAACACGGUUUACUCAUCGACGAAAAAGUGAAUCAUUUCCAAGAUUCUCGAGUCGAAUUAUCUUACGUUCUAGGUCAGCUGUCGCUAUUCUCAACUUGACGAAAUCUCUACAAAAGUAGUUGUGCAGUUUACCGACCGUUUGAAACUCGAUUUGGGCGUUCACUCGAACAACUAUGAGCGUUUACGGGUACACCGAUAUCAUCCAGGGCCCUCUCGCACAGUACCUUCGCAUUUCGCAGGAACUGGGAGGCGAUGUGGCCGAGCAUUCGCGCUUGGUACAAGGGGCGUUCAACGCCCAGCUGCAGUACAUACAGCUGGCGGCCGAAUCCGCUCAACCAGGACAAGCAGACGUUGUGAACCUGCUGAAACCGACCAGCGAUAAAAUCGGUGCUAUUCAGGAGUUCAGCGAGAAGCACAGGACGUCGCCCUUCUUCAAUCACUUGGCUGCUAUCAGUGCCAGCAUCCCUGCACUGGGAUGGGUUACGGUAAGUCCAGCUCCAUCGCCUUACGUGAAGGAAAUGAAUGAUGCCGGACAGUUCUACACUAACAGAGUACUGAAAGAUUUCAGGGAAAAAGAUAAGAGACAUGUAGACUGGGUUAAAACUUGGAUACAAACACUUUCAGAUUUGCAAGCUUUCGUGAAGCAGUAUCAUACGACAGGGCUAGUGUGGUCUGGGAAAGGAGCCAUUAAGACAGGUGGAGCUCCUCCACCACCUCCUGGAUGUCCUCCACCUCCUCCGGUUAUAGAUUUCUCUACGGCAGCUGCAGGUGAUGCAGGUCCCGAUAGAUCAGCCUUAUUUGCCGAAAUAAACCGCGGUCAAGACGUGACCAGAAACCUCAAAAAAGUCACUUCCGACAUGCAAACGCACAAAAACACGGCCCUGCGUCAAGGACCGGCGCCCUUCAAGCCACCCGUCGCCUCGAAACCGGUGUUUGGCGGAGCCCAAGCUGCUCCCGCCGACAAAGCACCCGUUUUUAGUCACGAAGGCAAGAAAUGGCUGAUCGAGUACCAGAAGAAUCGACAGGACUUGGUGGUGGACAACGCCGAAAUGAACAACGUGGUGUACCUGUUCAAAUGCGAGAACACCACGGUACAGGUUAAAGGUAAAAUCAACUCGAUCACGAUGGAUUCCUGUAAGAAAACCUCGAUAGUUUUCGACAAUUUGGUAUCGUCCAUGGAGUUCAUUAACUGUCAGUCGGUACAAAUGCAAGUUUUCGGCAAAGUUCCUACGAUUUCAAUCGAUAAAACCGACGGAUGUCAAGUUUACCUGAGCAAUGACUCGUUAGACGUCGAAAUAAUCAGUUCAAAAUCGUCAGAGAUGAACGUUUUAAUACCUAAAGGGGACGAUUACGUAGAAAUCGCCGUACCAGAGCAGUACCGAACUAAAAUCACGCCCAAUAAGACUUUGCACACUGAAAUUGUCGAGAACAAAGGUUAAAAAGCUAAAAGACUCUUUCAAUAUGCAAUAUUGAUCGUUUCUAAAAGACAUUUUUUGAUCAGGGAUGGGUAAAGGAAAAACGCGAACGUAAAAAACUAAUUUUUUACAUGUAAUUAAUUUACACGUAUAAAACUAGUUUUUAGGAGAUUAAAGCUCCUCGGUCUCCUCCAAAAACGAUGUUAUCUGUUAAUAACCUUUGUCAAAAAGGUAUUUUAAUUUAUUUCACGGUGUUUGAGGUGAUUUAACAAUAAUAUUUAUUUUAUUUUGUGUAGAAAUCGAAAAUUCAGUUGAAAACAAUAUAAAUUUUAUGUUGAGAUGAAAGAAAAAUGUCUUUAUUAGUUUUUUUUUAAAUAUUUUUACGUGUAUUUUUGACCAAAAAUUUAAAACCUUAAGAGACGCUUACAUUAAUACCCAUCCCUGAUUUUAAUACAAUUUUAUAGAGGUAUUUUAAUCAGGGACAUGGGAGGAAAGAAUUUUAACGUAAAAAAAUAAUUUUUAACUGUAAAAAAAAUAGUUUUUCCAGGUUAUUAAAGCAGCUUUAUUAUUUUUAUUUGAUCUAGAAAAUGGAAUAUUUAGUCAAAAACAAUAUGAAUUAGUAGUUAUUUGGUAAGAUUUUUUUUUUAUUUUUAUUACAUUUUAAAUGUAAAAAAACUCUAUGAGACGCGUUAAUGCCCUUUCCUGAUUUUAAUAUAAUUUUUUAGUCGUUUGCUGUGGGAUUUUUUUAAUGGGAGAGUUAAAAUAAAAUGCUUAAAUAAAAUGUCUUCUAGAAACGUUUUUUUUUUAAUUAAAUAAGAUUGUUUCUUAAAAGAAAUUAGCGAUUUGAUAAAACGUAGAUAAUAAAAUGAUAAAA